CCAAGCUCUUACAAAGCAAACCAAUCUUGAACCAACCAAAACUUAAAUGGAGAGCUCAAACAGGAGGAGCAACAACAGCCAACCACAAGAUGAUAAACAAGCUCGUUUCCGGGGAGUACGAAGGAGGCCUUGGGGCAAGUUUGCAGCUGAGAUUCGAGACCCGUCGAGGAACGGUGCUCGUCUUUGGCUUGGUACGUUCGAGACGGCUGAAGAGGCGGCUAGGGCUUAUGAUCGUGCAGCCUUUAACCUUAGAGGUCAUCUAGCUAUACUCAACUUCCCUAAUGAGUAUUAUUCACGUAUGGACGACUACUCGCUUCGCCCUCCUUACGCUUCUUCUUCUUCAUCUUCGUCGUCAUCGGGUUCAACUUCUACGAAUGUGAGUCGACAAAGCCAGAGAGAAGUUUUCGAGUUUGAGUAUUUGGAUGAUAGGGUUCUUGAAGAUCUUCUUGAUACAGAAGAAAAGAAGAGACGAAACUAGUCGUGGUAUUUUAUGUGGCACUAUGUAUUGUGGUUAUUACGUACGUACGUACGUGCAUUAUAUGCAUGUAGGUCGCGUUUAUAGUACUUGAUUUGGAACUUUUGUAACGUGCCACGACCAUAAGUUGUAAGAUAAUUAAGGCGUACCUUGAGUUUCCA